AUGCAGCUUUCUCAUAUAGGACUUAUCGGGGUCUUCCUCAGCAGUGUUAUUGGCUCCACCAUCCCCUCCAUACAAGACGAUGAAGCUCUAUCUGCACCAUCACUGUAUGCACGAGCCUCCGGCGGACAUUUUAUCUUACACCUGAACAAAGCCCUCACCGCAGCGAAAUACGAGGAUCUUCAGACGGAAAUGGAGUCUGAUUUCCCAGAUGCACAGCUCGAUUUUGACGAGAAGAUGACGACUGUCAGGACCACUAGUACAGCGAAAAUGAGAUGUUCGCAUAAAUACGUGAGCGAUAUCGAGAAGGCGAUCAAGAAACAUGAGUAUAGAUCCUACAUGACUACAGCCACCUGGGUUGACCCUGAGGGGGUUGCCGAACGAUCUCUAGAAGAUUCUCCAUCUGCGCCAUCUUUUGAUAAACGAGCCGGCGGCGGCCAUUUCAUCUUACACCUAAAUAAGGCCCUCUCGGCAUCGAAGUACGAAGAUCUACAAGAAGAAAUGAAAGACGAUUUCCCAAAGGCAAAUCUCAAUUUUGAUGAGGAAAUGACGACCGUCAGGACUACUAGCACAGCGAAGAUGACAUGUUCGCAUAAAUACGUGAGCGAUAUCGAGAAGGCGAUCAAAAAACAAGAUUACAGGUCUUAUAUGACUACAGCCACCUGGGUUGAUCCUGAGGAGGUUGCCGAACGGUCAUUAAACACAGAUGGCGAACACACCAAGGAAAAUGAAGGACUCUCCAAACGAAUCGAUGGCCCAAACACCAACUACAUCGCCGUUCGUAUUGCCGUCAUCAAAAAUAAGAGCAAUGGCAAGAGCGACAUGGGAAAGAUGCAGGAUAAAAUGGACAAACUGAUCAACGAUUUGCACGACAAUUUCCCGGAUGUCAAUCCAAUGUGGACUGAAAUGAACACCAGUGGUGAAUCGAAGCUGAGUAUCACAUCGCAAAACAUGGACGGUGAUAUGGACACAAUCGCAGUGUACUUGGAGGAUAGGACGAGUUCGCCUAAACUUACUUAUGUCAGGGUGGUGCAAGGUGGCAGAACCGUUUCUACUUACAAUGGUUAA